CUUUGCAAUUCGCUCCCAUCUUUUUCAGACAACAAACUUUCACAAUUAAUCCAUGCCAAAAUUCCUCAAUUUUUCACAUAAUUAGCUUUACCAAAAGUUUCAUUAAACCCCCCAAAAGAAUACGAUAAAAGGCAUUUUCUUUGUCUCAAGAAUUUGCAGUUUCAGUUGAAAUCCCCAAAUUCAUUCUCCCGGUAAGCAACUCUUAAAUUUUCUCUUUUUUUGUUGAUUUUCUCGAUUGGAUUACGAAUUUGAAAAUGGGUAUUUUUCCUGAUGAAGUCAUUCUUCAAAUUCUCGCGAGAUUGCCUGUAAAGUCCCUUUUUAAAACAAAAACUGUUUGCAAACUUUGGUAUAGAUUAGUCUCAGAUAAGUAUUUCGUGAAACUCUAUCAUGAGGUGUCUUCUAGGAACCCGAUGGUUUUGAUCGAGACUUCGUUUUCGAUGGAAUCGAAAUCUAGCCUGAUUUGUGUCGAUAAUUUUAGGGGUGUCUCUGAGGUUUCGUUGGGUUUCUUGAAAGAUAGGGUUAAGAUUAGAGCUUCAUGUAAUGGCUUAUUGUGUUGCUCAAGCAUCCCGGAUAAGGGUGUUUACUACGUUUGCAAUCCUAUGACUAGAGUGUCUAAGUUGCUUCCCAGGAGUAGAGAGAGGCCGGUUACUCGGUUUUACCCCGACGGUGAAGCCACGCUCGUCGGUUUAGCAUGUGAUGUAUCGAGGAACAAGUUCAAUGUUGUGCUAGCAGGGUAUCAUAGGACGUUUGGUCAUAGAACCGAUGGUACUUUCAUAUGUUUGAUAUUUGAUUCUGAUUCGAAUAAGUGGAGGAAGUUUGUUUCUCAUCGAGAGGAUCAUUUCACUCACAUGAACAAGAACCAAGUUGUGUUUGUUAACGGCGCCCUUCAUUGGCUAACCAGUACGUUUUCUUAUAUACUCACGCUCAAUCUUGAUUACGAUGUUUGGAGGAAGAUUUCUUUGCCUGAUGAAGUGAGUUACGGGACUGGGAAUCGGGUUUAUUUGUUGGAUUCGAGUGGACGCUUGUCUCUGAUUCAGAUUUCCGAUGCGUGGAUGAAAAUUUGGGUGAUGGAAGACUAUGAGAAGGAGCUUUGGCAUAUGGUGGAUGGGGUGAGUCUUCUAUGCAUUCGGGGACUAGUACCUGGCAUUUUCCCCAUUGCUCAAACUGGUGAAUGUAUUUUCCUGGCAACUCACAAGCAGGUCUUGCUGUACCAUCGCAAGGGCAGAGUGUGGAAGGAGAUGUACUCUGUUAAGAACAGCGCUACCCUACCGUUGUGGUUCUCGGCACAUGCAUUUCGGAGCACAAUUUUCCCUUCUGAUUAAGGUGUAUUCGACAUAUAACGAACUUCUUUUGUACAUAAAUAACUCAUUUCAGACGUUGUGAUUCAUUCAUUUCUGUUUUGACACUCUUUUCUUUUAUCGUUAAAAAAUUGUCAUAUGCGAUUA